AUGGCGUUGAAAGGGAGCGACAUUGCUCAGCACAACAACGCCGACUCGUGCUGGGUCAUCAUUCACGGCAAAGAUGCCACGGAGGAAUUCGAGCCCAUCCACCCGCCCGACACCCUCGACAAAUACCUUGAAAAGUCGAAGCAUCUUGGUCCUGUGGACAUGGGUACCGUUGCGAAAGAAGAAAAGGCACACGACCCUCAUGAGGCUGCGCGGCUAGAGCGUGUCGAGCAGAAGCCGCACUUGUCGCAAUGCUACAACCUGUUUGACUUUGAGGCUGUUGCCCGGAGAGUCAUGAAGACAACUGCAUGGGGAUACUACUCGAGUGCUGCAGACGAUGAAAUUACUAUGCGAGAAAACCACAGCGCCUUUCACCGAAUCUGGUUCCGACCCCAGGUCCUCGUCGACGUCGAACAUGUCGAUUUCAGCACCACGAUGCUCGGUACACGAUGCUCAAUCCCGUUCUACGUCACUGCUACGGCGCUCGGGAAACUGGGCCACCACGAAGGCGAAGUCAUCCUCACUCGCGCGGCGCACAAACAAAACGUCAUUCAGAUGAUCCCCACGCUGGCGUCGUGCUCGUUUGACGAAAUUAUCGACGCCAGGCAGGGCGACCAAGUCCAGUGGCUCCAGCUGUACGUCAACAAGGACCGCGAAAUCACCCGCAAGAUCGUGCAGCACGCCGAGGCCCGCGGCUGCAAGGGUCUCUUCAUCACCGUCGACGCGCCGCAGCUCGGCCGCCGCGAGAAGGACAUGCGCACCAAGUUCACCGAUCAGGGGAGCAACGUCCAGUCCGGCCAGGACACGGACAACUCGCAGGGCGCCGCGCGCGCAAUCUCCAGCUUCAUCGACCCGUCGCUCAGCUGGAAGGAUAUCCCCUGGUUCAAGAGCAUCACCAAAAUGCCCGUCGUCCUCAAGGGCGUCCAGCGCGUCGAGGAUGUCAUCCGCGCCAUCGAGGUCCAGGCUGACGGUGUCGUCCUCUCCAACCACGGCGGCCGCCAACUCGACACGGCCCGCUCCGGCAUCGAGAUCCUCGCCGAAACCAUGCCUAUCCUGCGCGCUCGCGGGCUCCAGGACAAGAUCGAAAUCUUCAUCGACGGCGGCAUCCGUCGCGCCACAGACAUCAUCAAGGCCUUGUGCCUGGGGGCGCGGGGCGUCGGCAUAGGACGCCCCUUCCUGUAUGCCAUGAGUGCCUAUGGGCAGGACGGCGUCGAGAAGGCCAUGCAGCUGCUCAAGGACGAGAUGGAGAUGAAUAUGCGCCUGAUUGGCUGUGCCAGGGUGGAGGAUCUGAACCCGAGCCUGGUUGACACAAGGGGGCUAUUUGUACAUUCGAAUUCGACGGCUGCGGAUGCCUUGUCGCAGACCGUCUAUGACCCGUUGGUUGUGCCGUCACAGAGAGCCAAGGCCAAAUUAUAA